CAUUAAAUUCAGUAGUUCGUUGGAAAAACAAUGUGAAUCACUUGUACUAAAAUUCACAGCAAGUGGUUUUCGAUUUGUUACAAUUUUCUAUUUCUGAUUACAAUUUACAUUGAAGCAACGAUGGAAUCAGAUUGGACAUCUCUGGAUGACUUGAUCAUGGAAAAAAUAUUCACAAUGCUAUCGAUUGGAGAUCGUUUCAACGCUAGCAUGGUCUGUCAACGAUGGUCACUGUGUUUUGAUUUGCCAAAGGUGUGGCGAAAGGUCGACAUUGACGGAUACUGGUUGACGAAACCAAUUGGCUGCGAUGUGGGCAAAAUCCAUUCCAGUCGUAUUUUGGACUAUGGCCAGAUAACAAAUUGUUUACAUCGAAUCGGCCAUCAUUUCAGAUGGAUUAAUAUUCGGCAAACCGAACAUUUUGCCAGUUUGUAUCAGUUGUUCGUAGUGUUUGAAUCGUAUUUUAACAAGAUGCUGGAAAAUAAGCUUCAUCAGUCGUCCAAUAUUAGUAAAUUUACGUUUAAAUUUCCUUGCGAUCAACCACUCGACUCAGAUCCAAAUGGAAUCAAACUGUUUGGCAUCGGAGGUCAAUUAAUCGGCAGUUUCAAAAAAUUAUUAUCAAAAAUGCCAAAUUUAUGCGAAUUAGAAUUAGUUGAUUUGGUGCUAGAGAGAUACGAAGCAAACAGUUUGAUGGAUCAAAUAAGUAUUGGUUUAAGUCAAUCAUUAAAAGUGCUGUCAAUUAUUAAUUUGACAGUCAAUCAUUGCCCGCUUCAACAAAUUUCAAUGCUGUCCAAUUUAGAGAUUCUGAAAAUAUCACCACAAAAUAUUGAUGAUUCAAUGCUUCGUCUGAUUGCCGUGUCGAAGCUGAAACACUUACACAUUGUACAAAAUGAAAAUACACCAAAAACAGUAAUGCCAUGUACGGCCAAAGCAUGGACACAUUUUAAACGAGUGGCAAGCGAAAAUAUCCACGUCCAUUUAGAGACAAAUUCAAAUAGAAAUGGUGAAUGUGAUUUAGUGAUACAACCUGAAGCCCCAUUUAUAGUAUUCCAAUAACUUAGAAAUUAAUUGAAUUGAAAACAAUGUGAAUGCCCAUUUAUUCCAUUCUAGGGGCUUAAUUCAAAAUUUUCAA